CUCUGCCUGCCUGCCACAGCAUGACAAGAAGUUCCAGAACAAUGAUGCCAGUCAUAAAGACAACAGAUUGUUCUUUAUUUCUCUGCUCUCUUUUCAUUUAAAGAUUUACAGAGCACACAUUCGAAUAGCAUGAUUGUUUUUGCUUAAAAGAGUCAGACUUGUGAAUUUUUAGUGGUUAAGUUUCAAGCUCUGAGAGCAAAACAGCUCCACUAUUCAAAAAUAUAAGUUCUCUAUAACUACAAGGUAACUUGAAGUUAUAUUUUGUAUUGACAUAAUCUUUUCCGAUCACCAAAGGCAUCACGGAGGUCAUCAGUCUAAGGAAAUAAGACAAACAUCAAAAAUGGGUCUACAUGUGGUGAAAUUAUUCUCUGUGAGUGUGUUGUUGCUCACAGUGUAUCAAAUCCACACUGCGGCCAGCCAGGAGACCCUGGCUGAUUGUCUGAAUGACACUGACUACGAUCAGCUGCUGCAGACAGCAAUGAAAGGUCUUCCACGAAUAAACACACCUCAUCAUGUUGUCAUUGUUGGAGCUGGUAUGGCUGGAUUGACAGCUGCUCGGCUACUUCACAAAGCAGGACAUACGGUCACCAUAUUAGAGGCUAGUGGACGGGUUGGUGGGCGUGUGGAGACCUACAGGAAUGAGGAAGAGGGCUGGUAUGCUGAGCUUGGGGCCAUGAGGAUCCCAAGCUCUCAUCACAUCCUCCUCUGGUUUGCUAAAAACCUGGGAGUUAAGCUGAAUGAGUUCAUCAUGGACGACGACAACACGUUCUACCUGGUGAAUGGAAUAGAGCCACAGAAGACAUACAAAGUGAAGGAAAACCCUAACAUCCUGAAGUACAAUCUGUCAGCAAAUGAGACGCAUCAAUCAGCUGACACUCUUCUGCAGCAGGCUUUAGAGAAGGUGAAAGAUGACAUUGAAAAACAUGGUUGUGCUCCUGGACUGGGUAAAUUUGACCAUUAUUCAGUGAAGGAGUACCUGAAAGAAGAAGCUGGUCUGAGUCUUGAAGCCAUCAGGAUGAUUGGAGACCUCCUUAACGAAAAGAGUCUUAUGUACACCGCACUGACUGAAGCGAUCUAUGACCAAACUUACAUUAAUGACAAUGUCACGUACAGUGAAGUGACCGGUGGGUCAGACCUUCUCCCCAAAGCUUUUCUUAAGGACCUUGAUGUUCCUAUUCUUUGUAAUUCCAAAGUCAAGCAUAUCAACCACUCAGAUGAAGGAGUCACUGUAUCCUACCAGAGAGCUCAACAGUCUUUUUUAAAUGAAGUUCCAGCUGACGCCGUCCUGGUAACAACAACAGCCAAAGCAGCUCUUUUCAUAGAUUUUGAUCCCCCUCUCUCCAUCCCAAAGAUGGAGGCCCUGAGGUCUGUCCAUUAUGACAGCUCCACUAAAAUCCUGCUCACCUUCAAGAACAAGUUCUGGGAGGAUGACAGCAUCCGAGGAGGAAAGAGCAUCACAGAUGGGCCCUCUCGUUUCAUCUACUACCCCAGCCACAGUUUCCGAAAUAAGACGAUCGGUGUCCUCCUGGCUUCCUACACCUGGUCUGAUGACUCACUACUCUUUCUAGGUGUAAGUGACCAAGACCUUAAAGAGCUGGUUUUGAGAGAUUUGGCAAAGAUUCAUGGUGAGAAAGUCAGGGCUCUCUGCACAGGGGUGUUGGUGAAGAAGUGGAGCAUGGAUCCUUACAGCUUGGGUGCCUUCGCUCUGUUCACACCUUAUCAACACUUAGAGUAUGCUACAGAGCUCUUUAAAAAUGAAGGCAGGGUGCACUUUGCUGGUGAGCACACAGCCUUUCCUCACGCUUGGAUGGAGACAUCAAUGAAGUCUGCAAUCAGGGCGGCUACCAACAUUAACCAGGCUGCAAAGAAAGAGUCAGAAAUGCAAUCCAAGACGAGCUCUAUUGCUCUGAUUCUGGAUUGAGCUGUAGACUCUAGAACCAGGGGCUCGGCCGACUUUUACAAAGAUAUGCAUGCUUAACUGGUGAUGGUAAAUUGGCUUUAUCCUGUCUCUUUCCUGCAGUGUCAGCUGGAAUGUUGGAAAAUACUUUAUAGUUAUAAUCAUUAUGUAGCUCUGAUACAUUAGUGUGCAACCAAUUAAGGUAAAAAUAGUUGUUGUAAUGCUUUUUCUGCUUAACUCCUGUUUUAAACUCUUAGUCAUGUGCUGUGUCCGGAUGUUUUCCUGUAAGAAGUGUAACUCUCUCUUGUGUGCUGACCUCGAUUAAAGGAACACACAAAAAUAUAAUCAGGGCUGAAAAGAUAAUCAUUUGGAGCAUGUGUGUUUCAUUAUUGUUAUUCAGCCUGCUUUUUGCACCUGUAUAUACAGCUGAUUAGUGUAUGACAGUAAAUCACAGCAAAAGAAUACACUUACAGUCUUGAAUAUUGUGGUUGAAGGUCACAAGUGAAGUCAGUGUUAUCACAUUCCAGAAUUGUGAGAAGCUGCAGAAGCACUUCUGUGUUUUUUAUGCUGCUUGACAUUUCCUAUAAAAAUGCAUUGUGUCUCACUAAAUGUUAAAAGCUGCCUUUCAAGUAAUAAACCCCUAAACGUUC